UUUGCUCUCACUGUCGUCGCCUUGAACCUCGUCUUCGUCUCUCUACUCUCUUACUCGCCGCCGAUCGUUACUCCGUCUCCGUCAACACCACCAUGGCGCCUAAGAAGGAUAAGGUUCCACCGCCGUCAUCAAAGCCGGCUAAAUCCGGAGGUGGAAAGCAAAAGAAGAAGAAGUGGAGCAAAGGAAAGCAAAAGGAGAAGGUGAACAACAUGGUCUUGUUUGAUCAAGCCACUUAUGACAAGCUUCUCACUGAAGCACCUAAGUUCAAGCACAUUACUCCAUCGAUUCUCUCUGACCGUCUGAGGAUUAAUGGGUCUCUAGCAAGGAGGGCAAUAAGGGAGCUAAUGGCUAAGGGUUUGAUCAGGAUGGUAUCUGCUCACUCGAGCCAGCAGAUCUACACUCGUGCCACCAACACCUAAAAAGCUUGACUUUUUGAUGGUUUGGUUCUCCAGUCUCCUCUCGGGUUUUGUCCUUUGAUGUAUACAUUUAAUCAUCAGAGCUCUUAUAGUUCUUUUUCUUGGGUUUCUUUUGUACCUCCAUUGAGUUAUUUAGAAUGCUGUUUUGAGAUUAUUAUGUUAACUUAAAAUCGAAUUUGCGUUCCAUUUUUGUCCUCUACAGUCGUUUACAUGACAUUGAGUUAUCCAAUUCGGUUUUGGUUUUGCU